AUGGAUGAGUUUACAGCAGACGCAUUUGUGAAUCGUGAUGAUCCUAUCCCGGUGAUAAGAUUAGAUUCUAGAGACGACCUUGAUGAUAUUGAAGAUACAAAAGGAGUGCCUGGCAAAGAAGGUGCGCGAGAGGGUUCAAAGAAGCAUAAAUCGGGCCUGAAGGAAAAUCUCAAAAAAGCACACAGUAAAGCUUCGGAAAGAUCAGCAAGUGUACAAGAUAGAUUACUUGAAAGGUUAUUACAACAAGUCAUACCAAUCGAGGAUCUCAGUGAAAAUCGCAAAGAUGCCCCUGCGACUACUACGAACUUCGUCGAAAGACCUGCCUUUAACAUUACGACCAUGUCGAAUAAUUUCAGAAGGUUCAAUGCAAGAAUAGGAGUGGUUUUCGUCUUUCAAGCCAAAGUGAUACGUCUGCUAAGCUGGAAACAAUGGUCGCACACUCUCUCAUUUCUUGCAGUGUAUACAUUCGUCUGCUUAGAUCCCUAUCUCCUUACCGUUCUCCCACUGGCGGUUCUUCUCCUUGCCGUCCUCAUACCCUCCUUCAUAGCUCGUCAUCCAGCCCCUCCUACAACUAUCACUACAGACUCCUUCACAUAUUCCACAACAGGCCCACCAAUAGCCCCAGCCCCAACUGUCAAACCAGUCAAAGAACUUUCCAAAGAUUUCUUCCGGAAUAUGCGCGACCUACAAAACUGCAUGGAAGAUUUCUCCCAACUUCACGAUAAAAUAAUCAGCCUAAUUUCCCCUUCCACAAACUUCUCUAACGAACCGCUCUCAUCCACUCUAUUUCUUUUCCUUGUGGUAACUGCAGCGUUCAUGUUCAUCGCUUCUCAUCUCAUGCCAUGGCGCUUCAUCUUCCUAACGAUAGGCUGGACCAUAACGUCUCUCGGUCAUCCUACCAUCCAGCGUCAAAUGCUCACAACUCACACUGCCAUUGUACAACCACGUGCUAGACCUCUUCAAACUAAUCUCGAAACCUUCAUAGCUCACAACAUAAUUCUCGAUUCAUCUCCCGAGACUCGCGAGGUAGAAAUUUUCGAACUGCAAAAACUUUCGCGCGCUGGCGAAUGGGAACAUUGGUUAUUCAGCACUUCACCCUAUGAUCCUUUAAGUAGUAUGCGGAUUGAAAUAGGGAGACCAAUAGGCUGUCGCUUUUUCGAAGAUGUAAAGAGUCCUCGAGGUUGGGAAUGGAGCGAGAAGAAAUGGGCGCUGGAUUUGUGGAGUAGGGAGUGGGUUGAAGAGAGAAUUAUCACGGGGGUCGAAGUCGAAACUGAAGGAGAGAGAUGGGUUUAUGAUAUCAAGUAUGAAGGAGAAGAGGAGGAUUCUGUGGGCGUUUUAGAUGCGGGCAGCCGUAGUAAUAUGGGAAGUGUGAAGGGUAAGAAAGGCGUGCCGGUCAGUUGGGAGGAAUCGAGUGAUGUUGAUGGUGUGGGUAGGAGGGGCGAAUGGAGGAGAAGGAGAUGGAUUCGCAUGGUCAAGAGGAGGUGGGAGAAUCAAGAAGGGGGCGGGGAUGAUGAGCAGAUAUAG